AUGCUUUUAUGGCAGAUAAUUUUUAGAUGUUAUCACGUCUAUUUCUAUGCGAUCGACUUAGAUGAACAAGUUACUUUAAUUGGUCCUAUGAUAUUUAUUCUUGUGUCUUUACUUAAAUACUUGGAUAUUAUUGCUCAUUGUAAUACGAUUAUGAAAUCUAUAGAACAUAUAAAAACUGACUGGAGUAUGACUGAGUGUCGUGAAGAAAAAAAUAUAAUGAUAAAAAAUAUAACAAUCAGUAAAAAAAUAACUAUUGUAUUUUCAGUACUUAUGUACACAAGUGGUGUAUUUUAUAAUUUUAUGAUGCCUCAUGUAAUGCCACUUAUAUUCCGAAAUAAUGACCGAAACUAUACCAAACGUUUAAUAAUUUUUCCCGGUUAUAAUAGUGUUUUCAAUGUUGAUUCCUCGCCAUUGUAUGAAAUAACUUACUUGUUCCAUAUUAUUACUGUAUUUUUUUGUUUUACGGUGCUUGUUAGCACGUGUAAUUUAAUCGUAGUUUUAGUAACGCAUACAAAUUGCCGAAUUCAAAUAGUUAUUUUCCGAUGGAAGUCGUUGAUAAAAGAUUUUUUUGACGGAGGAAAGUUCUCAUACCCGAAAAUGUCAAACAUGAUUCGACAUCAUAUUCGAGUACUUAAUGAUAAAAUUUUGAGAAAAUUUGUAUCGGAAAUUUGUCUUGUAGAGAUUGGUGCAACUUCUAUACUUUUAUGCGUUGAUGAAUUUUGUUGUUUAAGAUUAUGUUAA